UUUAUUUUUUUUUUUUUUUGGUUUUAUUGAACAAACUCAAUGCAAUCUAUUUCCGGAAUCAUCACACAAAUACGAUCAUCUAAAGGAGAAGUACCACCUCCUCUUGUUGGACCUUCUGUGACAUUAGCAGGUGAUCAACUCUUUGUUUUUGGUGGACGACUGGUUUCUACUCGCAAAAUGACCAACCAACUUUUUGUUAUGGAUGUCAAUACACAUGUUUGGACUCGUCAUAUUCCGUCACCUGAUUCUGACAAACCACCUACUCCUCGUUAUUUUCAUUCAGCUAAUGUUUAUAAACGAUCACUUAUUAUCUUUGGCGGUAUGGGUUAUACAAGAAAAGCAACAUCUUCCUCAGCAGCAACAGCAGCAGCAAUAACAACGGGAUCAACCAUAGGCGAUGACGAAACUGGAAAUAACAUGAACAGUAGUGGAGGAUUAUGUGUAGUAGAUGAUCUUAGUAUUUUGGAUCUUGAUACCAUGACUUGGCGACGACCGACUAUUCAUCCUUCUCUUUUUUCUCCACGUCCUCGAUAUGCUCAUUUGGCGGAAAUUGUGGAUGAUAAGUUAGUGGUAGUGGGUGGUCAAGAUAUGAACAAUAGCUAUUUACCAGAAUUGAAUAUAUUGGAUCUCAAAUCAUGGGAAUGGGUACAAGUCAAGACCAUCGAUAAACAUGUGGGUGCUUAUCGAUCUAUUGCAGUGACAACACCUCCUGGCACUCGACUACCGGCAGCUGUGAAGGAAACAAUGACUGACGAUAAUACAACAUCAAAUCACUUUCAUCAUUUGAAACAACAAUCAGAGGAUGAUUCUGCAAAUAAAAGGCAACAACGACGUACUUCUGCUGUUCGAAAUCAAUCAGUAUCUAUUGAAGAACCUAGUCCGAUUUAUCUCUACACCAAUUACAAUUUUACCGAUGUCAAAAGGGAAUUACAACUUGUAUUUAUGCCAUCCUCCAAUACGAAUACACCUACAAUUGAAGAUUGCUCUUCAUUUAUGACUGGAUCUGCCAUGCCUCCUGGAUUACGAUUUCCUACUGGUCAUACUUUGGGUCAUCAUCUAAUUUUGGCUGGUACCUAUCUGUCGCCACAAGCUCAAUCGUAUAGUGUUUGGUCUUUGAAUUUGGGCACACUAACUUGGUCAAGAAUUGAAACUGGUACAAUCUUUAGUCAAGGUUCUUGGAAUCGUGGAGUUUUACAUGAAGCAUCAAAUCGAUUUAUUGUAUUUGGUAAUCAGCAACGUAGUCUUCUGGAUGAUUACCAUCAUCGACAAACCAAUUUUGAUCAUAUGGCCUUGGUGGAUUUGGAAGCUUUUGGCGUGUAUCAGUUACCAAGAAUCACAUGUUCUACUUUGGCUCAAGAAAUGGGACUUUCUCUUUUGAACGAACCAGCUGUUUCUGAUUUUUACAUUGUUACUCGUGAAAAUCAAAGUAUUCCUGUCAAUUCUGCAGUAUUAGCGCAACGAUGGCCAUAUUUUGCUGAUUUGAUGGAAACCAACAAAAGUUCUUUAUCCUCUUCUACUGGUCAUCUUGAUAACAACAACAUGGACAACUCGGACAACAACAAUGGUGCUAUCUUGAAAAGUCACAGUAUGUUAUUCCCUUAUUCUUAUCCUGUGGUUAUCGCUCUUUUACAAUUCAUUUAUACUGACAAUCUUUUAACGGCUCAACAAUAUCAACCUCAUAUUCUGGCACAACUUUUACUUUUAUCUGAUAUGUACGAUUUGCCACGAUUACGCGUUUUGACGACACAUGCUUUACACCAAAUGUUGAACAUGUCGACAGCACCGUUGAUUUUCGAAACUGCAGCCCUCUCACACCAAACUAGUUUACAAAUCCGUGCUUUGAAAAUGAUGAUUGCCGCCAAGAAAAUGAUACAACAACAACAAAUGGUUCAAGCUGGUAUUCAAAUGGAAAAUAGUAAUAGUACCAAUGGUCCAAGUACAACAACAACAACAACAACAAUGACAACUCCCAUGUCAACCAGCACUUCAGCACCAACGAUGGGUACAGAUAUAGGUACUGGAGCUAUGUCACCUUCUGCAGAUUUCUCACCUUCUUCUUUUGGCAAUAUACAACGACAACAGCAGCAACGGGAUCUUUUAGCUUCUCGACGAUCUCCGCCUGUACAACAACAACAUUCACCUCUCAUGUCACCACAAGCCUCCAGGUACGAUCGAUAUUCUUCAGCCACACAUGAUACUCCUUAUUCACAUCAUCCUCAUAGUCCUCUCAUGAACAAUAAUCGAUCACCCAGUACAUCAACAGGAACAAGUACACAUACAGCAGUGGCACCAUCAGGAUCAUCAUCACCAAAACAUCGACUUUCUUCAUCUAACACCAAUCCCCUAUCACCUCCAAUGUCAGCCAAUUCAUUUAUCAAUGGACCUAGUGGAGUCGGUGCUGGUAGCCGUAUGUUAGGCAUGAGUCCUCCAUCUACACCUCGUCAAUAUAAUUCUGAUUUGGAUUCUUCACAGGAAAAGACGAAGAGCAAGAAGGAAAAGAAGAAAGGACCUGGUAUGAACUUUUUUGGAGGCAAGAUAUUCUAGUGAUUUAGUUUAUUAUUUCCCAUCAUUCAUUCUUAUUAUAUUAUUAUUAUUAUUAUUAUUAUU